CGCCGCCGUAAAAAUAGUGCCUAACCGAAAAUCCGGCCAGCCGAAAAUCCGGCCUGAUUUUCGUGCCAAGAUCAGCCUGGUUUUUGAUGAUGACUCAGUCUCACUCUCAGACAAGAGACAAACUUUAGUCAGGAUAAUUUGUUCAUUGUUGGUUUGGUGAGACAACAGUCACAGCAGAAUUGUUCUGCCAUAUUGGCCUCGUAGAUGAAGAGUACACCACUGCUAAAACAACGAGUAACAGAGAUCCACAUCAAAUCAAGUUACCGCUGAAAAGCAUGACAAGAACUCGGCAAUGAAUGUGUCGUUUGUGACAAUACAGACACAACACUGGAAAUUUACCCCGACACUAGAUUGAUAUUCUCUGAUACCCGCGGCAUCCAUUUCAAGUUUGAAUUGUCACAACAGACGUUUUACCACUUCCCGAACCCUUGCCCCGUCGCCAUGGUGGGAAUGUUCCGGAGUCACGUCUGGGAUCCGGUUCUCCUGGUCUCCCAGAUUAUUGCCAUGCAGUGUACUUUCUACGUCUUCUAUGGAUUCUGGCUGGUAUUCGUUGACUUAAUCCUGGAUAAUCCCAAAAUUCUUGAUCAAGUCUUCAAGUAUGAGUGCUUAGAGUUUGGCAGCUCCAAAGGUAGAACCAUUGUGGCAGUGUACGUCUUGAAUUCAUUAACAUGUGCCUUGGGAUUGUGGGUUGCCGUCGGGAGAGCCAAGCAGUGUACAGACUUUGCCUUCACAGUGCACCUGUUUCACCUGAUAGUGUGCUGGAUCUACAACAGACAGUUCCCCCACACAGUGUCCUGGUGGCUGGUCAAUAUCGUCUGCAUCGCCAUGAUGACGGUACUGGGCGAGUUCCUGUGCAUGAGGAGCGAGAUGAAGGCGAUCCCGCUGAGCACAGUGGCAAGGUCGGACUUAUGACCUCGUGAGGACGUGUCUGUUAACCUCCUGACAUUUGUCAUUUUUUGUGUGCCCAAGAUUUUUUACAGACCCAACUAUCUAGACCCAACAUAUAUACAUGUAAAUUCCUGGAUGGUCAACAUUGUCAGCAAACUCCAGUCGUUUGCGUGCUUCCCAUUGACCUUUGACAUUUGCUGGGCUACGUUAAUAACUAGACUGGGGACCUAAACCUGAAAUCACAUACAGUAAACUCUCGUUAGCUCAAAACUCUGUUUAUCUCAAAGUAAUACCCCAUUCCCAUCAAGAGAAUAGGAUUUUAUGUACAUAAAUACCCCCGUACCUUGAAAUACCCCAUCGGUCUGAACUGGCCUGAACUUUUGUUUGGCCAAUCCAUAGAAAACACCGCCAAAGUAGUCAUAAAGAAGCAUAUAAAACAACAUCACAAAAAUGUUUAGCUCCAAAAUGUUUAGCUCAGGUUAGAACAAUAUGAAAUCUGAGGAAAAUGAUCUGAGGAAAAAUACACCAUAAGAAUUUUAAUAAAGAAGGAAAGUGUGCCAAAUAACGUGCCAAUGAUUGAAUAGUCAGUAACGGAAGAAGCCAUUCAUGUACAAUUUUUUUAUCCAUUUGCUUGAGGUUCAACUUAAAGCUAUAGUCCAUCAUUUGCAGCUAUCCAAAAAAGUAACUGGCGUAAUUAUUGUUGAAAAACGUGCUUGGUUGAAAGAUAGUAAUGGGACUAAACUCCCUGUGAAAUUAUUCUUUCUGGCAAGCUGUAGUUUUGAAGAAAUCAACGAAAGAAGGCCUUUCCAAAAGGAAAUUUCCAUUAGUAGUUCUUUUUUUUUAUUCGGCGCUGGCACUACAUCGCGUAGCUGCAUUCAGCUCAGUGAGAGCGCGUCUCGAACGCUGAAUUCAGGCCCAAUUCAAAACUUGAUUCAGCACCUUUUGAUAUGAAAUCGAGAUCCUAGAAUGCUGUUUUUCUCGGAAUAUACAGUUUAUCUGUCUAGAACCACCAAAGCCCCAAAUUCUU